GUCCCCUUCACUUUGCAUGUUAAGGGUAGGGCCUUUGAGUCCUCUAGUCCCUGGUUAAGGGUAUUUGCUGCUCUUGCAGAGGAUGCAGGUUCAGGUCCUGGCACCCACACAGGAGCUCACAAUCACCUGUAACUCCAGUUCCAGGAGAUCUGAUGCCCUUUUCUGGCCUCUAGAGCUCCUGUGGUAUAUAUCUACUCAGACACACAAACAUACAAAAAUUAGCAUAUUGAAAGAAAAGUGGAGCCAGGUACUGUGGCACAUACCUGUAAUCCCAACACUCUGGGAGGCAGAGGCAGGCAGAUCUCUGUGAGUUCAAGGCCAGCCUGGUCUGCAAAGCAAGUCCAGGACAGCCAAAGUUACACAGAGAAACCCUGUCUCAAAAAACCAAAUAAAUAAAUUAAAAAAAAAAAAAAGCGAAAGAGGCCCACAGAGUACAGAGAAACCUACAGACCUCUUCUCCACUACUGUCAUCCAUGGUUCUACUUAGAAAUGGAUCCGACCCACUCCCCAUUAGCACUCUCCCUCUUUUCAGCAGGAAGCAGGGACACUCCCCCUCAGCCUAACCUUAGGCACCCUGGGACUCUAGAAAGGAGAUCCCUGCCCCAUUUCACCCCCUUAGAGCUCUGGAAUCUGACCCCUCUCAGAGCAACCCCAGGUAGGUCUGAGAAGGCUCAGUGGUAUGCCCUGACCUGUAAUCAUGGAGGUAGCUUCCUGCCAGACACUGGCUACUAAGGUAGUAAGUGGGACAGCUGUCCCCAGACCUCUCCUACCUCAACCAAUUCCAGUAAGCCCACUGGUAAACCACCUAAGGGCAGAGAGGCCUGGCUGUCCCAAGAACACAAUAUGUAAUCUCAGCUACAAGCCUGUCAGUGGUAGCCCCGCUGAAAAAAACAAACUGAAUACAGCAGCCACACACACACACACACACACACACACACACACACACACCCAGCCUCUACCCCCACGGAGUCCUAUGGAACCCUCACAGGCAGCAGCGGCAGGCAGCGGCACUCUCCACAGUCAGGCUUCGGCAUCAAGCACCACACAAAACUGCUUUCUCAAAAGCUGUGGUCACAGACCCUGGCCAUAUGCCAGAAUCAGCCGUGAGGACCUGGGAACCUGCACCUGCCCCCCCCCCCGACUCUGAUUCAGAUCUGGGAUGGGGCCCGGAUGUGGGUAGUUUUUAAAGGUCCACAAAGGUGUGGAAACACACUGCCAGCUCCACGGGUCCUACCAGGCCACCAUCACGGAAGCAAUAAAGCUCUCCCUUGAAUAUGGCCUCCUGUUGUUUUCUCUAAUUUUUCUGGAAGAAACAAACUUCACUCAACUCCAGGGUCUUCUCUCAGCCCACGGGUUCCUGGGUCCCCUUCCCUUUGCAUGUUAAGGGUAGGACCUUUGAGUCCUCCAGCUCCCUGGUUAAGGGUAUUUGCUGCUCUUGCAGAGGACACAGGUUCAGGUCCCGGAACCCACACAGGGGCUCACAAUCGCCUGUAACUCCGGUUACAGUUACAGGGAUCUGAUGCCCUUUUCUGCUAUCAUCUUGUAUGUAUGGACUGGGUACGUCUACCCCAUUCACAGGCCCGGGGCACCCUCCCUCACUCCCUGCAUCUAGUUAUCCGUGUUUUGAUUAACAAAUACCAAAUUACCACCACUAGCCCAAGUGCCUCCUUUGCAGGGCCUUUCCAGCAGGAGUCCACACACUUCUAACUCAGCAUGUCCAACACUGAGUUCGUGUGUUGUCCCCCCCCAACACACACAAAUCUGAACCUCUCCCAGGGAGUGCCAGGUCCUAGAAUUCAUCCUGUUGUCCCCCAGGCCAAAGCUAAAGGCACACACCUCUGUCCACUUUAGCACCUCACUUCGUCCAGUCAGGCAAAAGGGAAUAUUGGGGAUUGCGGCCCUGCAGCCCCUCGCUCUCUACAACCCUACUCAGGAUUUAUCCUGUCACCCCCCAGCAGCCUGCACCCCUCUUCCGCCUUGCUUGUCUCAAAACCCCACACUCCCCGGUGCAGUCGGUUUAGCUAAAACGCACGUUGAGGUCGUUUGGUCCCCAGGAUCUUGGUUAGUAGCACCUUUCUGUUCCUGCCACCAACCAAGCCCCAGACUCCUGUCAAAUCGCCUUAUCUCACCUCAAACUCCAGUUCAACCUUCUGUGACCCUCCAAGUCUUCACCCUGGGUCCUGUGCACGUUAUCAUCGCCUUCACAGGGUGUGCGUGCGUCCCUCUGAGCCCCGAGGCCCUGAAACUGAGCGGGAAACUGACUAUGCUUGGACCGUGGGAGCACAAGGCAGAGCCCUGCUGGGUCCAAGGCAGCGGAGCCUUCCCGGGGUCCCAGAGCCACUAGCUGACCGCGCAAGGUAGCUAGCCGGAACCCCCACGUCUGCGCGGCCCAAGCUGGAACUCUCCUCCAGACUGCCCCUCCUUUGCCUCCCUCCCUCGCUCUCUCCCGCCCUCGGCCAGGCCUCCCAGUUCCCUACUUUGCGUGUCUACCAAGUUCGAAUUCCCAGUUUCGGCGCUUCGCCGCCGCCCGAUCUCUACUCUGCCUCCUGGGGUCUUCUCCCAGUACCUAGCCCCCACCUAGGGGGACCUAAGUGAGCCAGCGAAGACCGGAUCCGGAGGGUGGAGCGGCCAGGUGAGCCCUGAAAGGUGGGGCGGGGCGGGGGCGCUCUGGGCCCCACCCCGGGAUCUGGUGACGCCGGGGCUGGAAUUUGACACCGGACGGUGACGGGCAGGAGGCUGCUGAGGGAUGGAGUUGGGCUCGGCCCCCAGACGCGGCCCGCGGGCUCUGCCAGCAACGAGUCCCUCGGGCCCCAGCCCUCGCUGCGACUGGGGCUCGGAGCCCCGCAGCCGAGGUAAGCCAGCCCUCUUGCCCAUCCCCUUGAUGGACGCUCCCAGUGCUGGAGAAGGAGCAGAAAGGUCUUCCUCCCCCUUUUCUCUCAGCCUCUCUCUUCUGGGCCCUCAGCGCAGCUCUAUGCCCCUCCCAGCCACUCCAGUUCGUCUUGCCCCUAGCCUGUUGGACUGUGUUAGCCCUCCUGACUGGCUGUAAUGUGAGGCUCACGCUGCCGCCACAGGGCACAGACCGGCUGCCAGGGCCCUACUUUUGAAUAAAAGAGGCGCUGCCAGGUGCACAGCUCCGGGCAUGAUCCGUCUGAACUUCGGAGAAAAGACCAGCAUUGGUUCCAGGACAGGUGCCCAGAAGGACGCGGUGCAGGACCCCCGUGCUGCCUCAAGAAGAGGGUUGGGGAGACAGGUCCACGAAGGCUGAUGGGAGCUCCUGGAGUUGCCAGAGAUGGAACUGGAACUUGGAAACCCUGCUGCAUUGCUCCGCUGGCCCCGUCCUAGGUGGCAGGCAGCCUCGUGGCCAACCCUAGCUGUUCUUGCCCUCCUGCUGGGCAGCCUCACAGAAGCCUCCCUGGACCCCAUGUCCCGCAGCCUCCCCGCUCGCGAUGGCCCCUCGCCGGUCCUGGCGCCCCCCACAGACCACCUGCCCGGUAGGGGGACGCACUGCGCAUCUGUGCAGCGAAAAAGCCCUGCGACCGCCGCCGCAGUCUCCCCAGCCCGCACCCCCGCCGCCGGGUCCCGCGUUCCAGUCCCCUCCGGUUGCGCUUCGGGGGGCGCGCGCGGCGCGUGCAGGGACCCGGAGCAGCCGCGCUCGGGCCGCAGACGCGCGCGGCGGCUGCCGCCUGCGCUCGCAACUGGUGCCGGUGAGCGCCCUCGGCCUGGGUCACAGCUCCGACGAGCUGGUCCGCUUCCGCUUCUGCAGCGGCUCGUGCCGCCGAGCGCGCUCCCCUCACGACCUCAGCCUGGCCAGCCUGCUGGGCGCCGGGGCCUUGAGGUCGCCCCCCGGGUCCCGGCCCAUCAGCCAACCCUGUUGCCGGCCCACUCGCUACGAAGCCGUCUCCUUCAUGGACGUGAACAGCACCUGGAGGAGCGUAGACCACCUCUCCGCCACCGCCUGCGGCUGUCUGGGCUGAGGGUGAUCUCCAAGCCUUUGCACUCUGGACCUUUAACCGUGUGUGGCCCUCCCUGGAACAGCCCCACCCUGGGCUGCGGAGCUCUGGGCCCAGGCCUGUGAGUGACAGACAUCCAGCCUGGAGAGCUGGCCGAACCGCUGGGUUUGUUGGUAAGAGUCCCGAGGCGCUGAUGGAUCCCAGCUCUAACAGACACUAGAAACCUCAGCUAAAGAGAACUCCCCUGAAAGAAUCCAGAAAUGGCUCCGAGCCCUCAAGAAUGAAUUUUGGGGAGACGUGGUGUAGUGGCGUUGCUGGAAGAGCCUGUGCUGAAGCCAGCCUUGUAUCCACUUGUGGAAGCUGAAGCCCUAUUUAUUAUUUCUAAAUUAUUUAUUUACUUGG